AUGGAAGAACUGAAAAAAAAUGUACACAAAUACAACAACCCUUUUUACUUACGAGCAUUUAACGUUCAAUCUUCGGAUGAACUCGGUGAAGAUAAAAGGUUAAAUUUCAAGAAAACAUAUAGAAAUGAAACAUUGUUUAAAGUUCAUUCAGAACCUAACCAAGAUGGAAACAAACCUACUUUUGUUUCUGCAGACGAUGGAACUACAAUGAGAUGGGGUCAUAAAGCUAAUCCGGAUAGGUGGUUCAUAAACUUACAACCUCAAUUCCAAGAAGUUGUAGACGCAAUGGAAGUCAAUGGUGAACCAGAUAUAGCUGGUAUUUUCAGCGCGGCUUUAAUGCCAUUGAAAGAUAUGAAAGAUGCAGAUAUUUUGGACCAGUAUGAAAUGAACAUGGCUGAUGGAAAUAUAACACCUGACGUUCUAGAACAUUUAUCUCAAAGAACUACACAGAACCAUAAAGAUGGUAUAUUUGGUGAAGAGUUUAGAAAGAAAGUUAGGGAGAGAGAAGGAAGAGAACCUAUUGUACAUGACCUUGCAAAUGAAAGUUUACAAAAUGUCAUAAAAACUUACUUUGCAGACAAUGAACUGAGAAGGGAUGAAUAUUUAAGAAAACUCAAAUGGACAGUACCAAAUGAAAUGUUAGUAUUGAAAAACAUGUUCCUUGACAAAAUAAAACCAACUACAGAAAUAAAUGACGAAAGACUGAAAGAUUGGGUAGAAGCUUUCCCAUUCACAAAAGAUAUUGUUGGUAACAUGGAAAGAAAACCAGAAUGGCUACAAAAACAUAUAUUUGGAAACGAGCUUAUUCCAUAUGGACAAGCUCUGUUUGAAGAGCUUGAACCAGAAACUCAGGAAAGAGUCAUGCAAACAAUACGCGAAGACUCAAAUACAGACUAUGACAAACUCUUUCUAGGAUAUAGGUUACCUGAGAUGGGCGACCAGAGCCAAAAGGCAAAAAGGACAUGGGAAAUUUGCAACAUACUAGAUGAACAUAAUGCAAAGAUGCAACAACUUCAAGCAGAGGGCAAUGAAGGAAAAAGAAGAGUUAAAAACUCAGUCAGGAAGAAAGUAAAGCUUGGUCGGAGUGGGUUCUAUUAUGACAUAUAA